UUUAUUGUUAUUAAUUCAAUCAAUAAAAGUGUAGAGUAUAAUAUUAGUGAACUUAUUUUAAUUAAUAAGUUAUUCUAAUCAAUCAAUUAAAUCUGCUAGCACAGAAACUAUACUUGGCAUUUAAAAUAUGCAGUAUCACGUGAACUUUUAGUUCUUAUAUUACAAUAAAAGUAUUGAAAAGUUAAAAACAUGAGUCGAUGUGAUUUUAAAAUCGUUCUUUUGGGAAGUGAACAUGUUGGAAAGACUAGUUUAGUGUUAAGAUUUGUUAAUUGUAGGUUUAAUUCUGGCACUCCAUACCAAAACACUAUUGGUGCAGCAUUCUGUGCCAAACAGAUGCAGUCUAAUGAUAAAGUUUUCAAUGUUGGUAUUUGGGAUACAGCAGGCAGUGAAAGAUAUGAAGCGAUGACUCGCAUGUACUACAGGGGGGCACAUGCAGCCAUUAUCUGCUAUGAACCUUCAUCGCAAGCAUCCUGGACGAGGCUGCGUCACUGGCUGCAGGAACUGAGAACAGUUGAAGAGGACUGUAAAGUAUAUCUAUGUGGUACGAAGAAGGAUCUCAUUGAUGAUGGAUUCGUUCAGCGUGAAGUACCAGAAGAUAUCAUCGCGACAUACUCCCAAGGCUUAAGUGGUCACUAUCUGACAUCGAGCAAGACCGGGGAGAAUGUUGAUGAACUAUUCCAGAAGAUAGUAGACGAUUGCGCAGCAGAUUUAAGAGUAAUGAAGGAUGUCGAAGAAGCAAGGCUUCACUUACAAAAGGAAGAAAAUGCUAAAAAUAAUAAGAAUUACUGUUAUUGCUGAUAAAUAUAUAAAUGUAUUUACUAAUAGUGCCGGAGAGUGUAAGACUGUCUGGUACAACCCACUACUUAAAUAUACUAACUAACUAAUAGUUGGAAUGGUGAGUGAGCCAGUGUAACAUUGUACAUUUCAAUGGCAUUAACGCCAUGACUGACUAAAAUUACAUUUAUCAUAAUAAUGUUUUUAUUUAAUUAUUCAGAUGUAGAUUUUUAUGAUUUAUUGUAAUUCAUUAUUUUAAUGGAACCAAAAACUAUUUUUAUUAACUUUUGUUUGUUAUCUCUAAUCUCAGUUUUUACAAUACAAAUUAAACAAGUGAGAAUUUGCCCUUAACGGAAUGGAUGGAUAGCAAAAAAAAUCCAAGUGUACAGUUGGGAUAAUAUUAUACUUUGAUUCUUAUAGAAUUUUUUAAUCUAUACUAAUAUUAUAUAUGCGAAUGAGAUUCUGUCUGUCUGUUACGCUUUUACGGCCAAACCAGUGAACCUAUUUUGAUGAAAUUUGUUAUGGAGCAAACUUGAAAUCCAAAUAAGGACAUAUGUUACUUUUUAAUGCCUCACACCUGACGACCGAUCUCUUAAACGUAAGCGAAGCUGCAAGCGAUAAUUAGUUUAAUAUACACAAGCGUUUGUGAUAUUUUAUUUCAAAAUUGAUCUUAAUGACAAGUUAACAGUGAGGAUUGAUUUGUAUUUCUUGAAAAUUUUGCACUUAUCACCAGACCCAAUUGCUAGCCUGCCUUCCUAUAAAUUGACAUAUCGAAUAGUGACAAGAUUCUAUAAUAAAUAUUUUGUACAACUAUUUUUUCUUUUUAAUUGAGUUUUUUUUAUGGCUUCGGUAGGCGGGCUGGCAAAUAGGCUACCUAAUGGUAAGUGGUCACCACUGCUUAUAAACAUUAACAUCGUAUGAAAUUUUACAUAACCAAUGCGCUAACCAAACUUUGGAACUAUGAUGUUACACUGGCUCACUCACCCUUCCACUGAAACAGAACAAUACUAAGUAUUGCCAGUGGUAGAAUAUAUGGGUGGUACAGAGCCCUACCUUAUUAUCUCGACUGCAGUUUUAUUUAGACUGUAAAAUAAUUUUUGGGGCUUGAUCAUUUGAGGCCCCCAA